AAAUUUCGUGCCCCACGGUGAAAACUAAACCUACCAAAUUGGAUUUAAUCAAGAAAAGCUUUGCCAUGGCUCAGCCGAAUCAGUCGAUUCGAUAUUGCUGGGAAGCGGACAAAGUUAAAACACUCAUCAGACUACGUGCAGAACUGUCACCACUAUUCACAGGCAAAAGAAAUGCAUCGAAAUAUGCAUGGGCCGUUGUUGAACGAGAACUCAAUGUCCCACUUCCAAUUUCAAAGAUCAUCAAAAAAUGGAAUAACUUAUUGCAAGAGUACAAGGCUAUAAAAUUAUCAGAAGAACCGAAACGUCGAGAAUGGCCAUUCUUCACAUUAAUGGAUGUAUAUUUUAGCGAUCAAGUCAACGAUCCAUCAUUGAGACUAUUCUCAUCGACAAAACGCUUUGACACAGAUACAUUUGAUGACAAGAAUUUCGAUGAGGAAUUGCAAGCAGUUUUAGCAGCAGCAAACUUAAAUUCAUCCAUGUCAACAGUACUACAAAAUCUCGGUCUUGGUAUCGGCGUUAGCAGACAAAGUUUUCUCAAACGUGACUCAAGUUUAGUGUCAAAUAAUAAUAAUAUUAAUAAAAUUAGUAAUAAUCCAAUGGAAAUUGAUAUGAUUGACGAUAAGCAUGAUGAAGAAGAUGAGGAUAAUAAAUCAGAAGUGUCAAUCAAUUUGAGCACAAAACUGUUAACCAGCAGUCUCAUGAAUACAAACAAUUCCAGCAUAAAUGAUAAAAAUAAUAACAAAAGUCAUCUCACAAGUCUCAAUAAUACCAGCAAAAUGAACGAGAGUAUUGGCAUCGAGAAAGAUGGAUGUUUAAUUGAGCCUAAUAACAAUAAUACAAUGAAUAGCAACCGUAACUUGAUGGGACGCGAUGCUAACAGCUAUAGUACGAAUAGUGAAGGUAGCAUAAAUAGCAGUCGAAACAGUGCAAGUAGUCACGCGAAUAAUAAUGAUGAGGAUUACGAAGACAAUAUGGUUCGUGCUUAUGAGCGCAAUUUGAAAAAUUUAAAUCAAAAGUUCUUGCACGAGAUGAGCGAACAUCACAAUAUUGAUCAGUAUCUGCUAUCGUGGCGUGGAUUUCAUGGAAACAUGUGCAAAGGCUUUCAUAAUUUACAGCGCGAUGGUCAAAUGGUCGAUGUUACUAUCGCUGCAGGCGGGAAAAUCUUUAAAGCACACAAAUUGGUUCUGUCAGUUUGCAGUCCAUACUUUCAAAAGAUUUUUAUCGAACAUCCGUCAUCACAUCCGAUCCUGUUUAUGACCGAUGUCAAUAGUAAUCACAUGGCUGGAUUGUUGGACUUCAUGUAUAGUGGACAGGUCAAUGUAAAAUAUGAAGAUCUACCGAAUUUUUUGAAAGUUGCUGAGGCGCUUCAAGUCAAGGGGCUACAUGGAGAGAGCACGACAGAUAGCACAGAGGAUCGAGAGCGUGAACGAGAACGUGAAGAAACAAAUUAUGCAUCACAAUAUCGUCAACAACAGCAACAACAAGCCCUUCAUCUUCAACAACAACAGUUCAAUUAUAGUCAAAUGCAACGUCAACCAGUAAGUCAAUCUCCACACUUUCAACAUCCCGAUAACAUUAUCAAUGAGAAUCGACAAAAUAUAAGACAUCAUAUAAAGCCGAAAACGACUUUUAUCAACUCCAACAACAACAGUAUCAAUAGUAACAAUAAUAACAACCCGGAUACAACAACAAUGAACAUCAAUAAUAAUAAUAAUAACAGCAUAAACAACAACAAUAAUUCGAUUAACCUCACAAACAAUAAUCAUCACAAAUUCGGUGUUCAACAGGUCAAUUCAAGUAGUAAAAUGUUGGAUAAUCAGAAAUAUCAAAAGUAUUUUGCGAAAAGGAAACUGCUAGCUCAAUAUGAACAGGAAAUGCGACAGGAGAAACGGAAUAGAACAGGCGGCAGUAUAGACGAGGAUGAAAAUGACAGCAAUCGACCAUUGAACAUGAGAAGAUCACAAUCGGUAACAGAAGAUGACUCAAGAAAUACGGAUAUUGGCAGUGCAAAAAGUAUCAGCGUUGGACUAAAUCUCAUACAGAACAUUAAGACGGAGAAGGGCGACGAAGAUCACGCGGAUAUAAAUGGUAAUGACGAUGGUAAUGAAGCAGGCACAGGAUAUUAUGGAUCACAUUUAAGUAAGAUGAAACAUUCCAUUCUUGAACCGAACAUAGUAUUACAGCACAGCGAUGAAGUCAUAUCGGCAUCGAAUGGCAGCAACUCCAUCACAAGUACAUUGCAGAAUACAAAUUUAAGUCAAAAAACGGCAAGCUAAGAAGAAAACUUUCUCUUUUUCGUUUAACGUUACCUCAAUGGGCUAUGAAUAUAUAAAAAUGAAAUUAAAAGAAGAAAAAAAAAAACUUUAUGUAUUGUUCAGUUGGGCAACUAAAAAAGCUUUAU